AUCGAGUUUAGGCGCACGUGUCGAAGAGCUAUUUGGCGGGCUUUCCACAUCCCUGGACGAACAAAACGCGAGUAUCCACGUCGUUUGUCAUCUGAGUCGGGUUCAUCGGAGCACGGUGAGGACCGACGGACGGACGAGAAAUGGGGGAGGAGCUGGAGAAGGUGAAGAAGGAGGCGGCUCAGAUCAUCGAGGAUUCCCAGAAGCUUCCCCGCCUCGUCGUCUUCGAUCUCGACUGCACUUUCUGGCCCUUCUACUGCGAGUGCUGCUAUGAGGAUGAGAUGCCCUAUCUAUAUCCACAUGCUAUGGGCAUAUUGCAAGCACUAAAGGACAAGGGUAUUGAUGUGGCCAUUGCUUCACGUUCGCCAACUCCUGAUAUAGCCAAAACAUUUCUUGAUAAAUUGGGAAUCCAAUCCAUGUUUGUUGCCCAGGAAAUAUAUUCGAGCUGGACUCAUAAGACAGAUCAUUUCCAAAGAAUACAUAGGAAAACUGGGGUGCCCUUCAGCUCAAUGCUGUUCUUUGAUGAUGAGGACAGGAACAUUCAAGCAAUUACAAAAAUGGGCGUGACAAGCAUAUUGGUGCAUCGCGGGGUAACUCUUGGCGCCUUAAGACAGGGCCUGAAGAAAUUUGCGGAGAAAAGCUCAAGCUCUUGGACUUAACGCAGCUUUCAGCUGAAAUGGGCGUGAUCCGAAAUCCCUUCUAUGACUAAGUUGGUAACCGGUCCAGGUUCCCAUCAAAUAUGUUGUUUCAUCGAUUCUUGCACCUUUACUAUACAUUUCAAUAGAAGUAUGUAUACUACAAAUAUUGGGCACCUGCCUGAUUAACUACCCAGAUUUGAUCAAAGAUUAUAAAAUUGAAAUAAUUCUCAUUCUAUGUUU